ACCAAUCCCAACAAUCAUCGUCGUCCUCUCUCCCGCUCCGAAGCUUCCUCCGUCGUUUUCCCCGACGGGCGAGGCCGGGGCGAGGACGCGCGGCGGUCAGAGACCCCAGCGGACAAGAAACCUCCCUCCCCGCCUCCGCUGCCGCUGCAUCGCAUCGCAUUGCCGCCGGGUGGAGCAAUAAGCAAUUGACUUGACUUCCCUCCCCCACUGCGCUACCCCCACCGGGGUUUUCCCUCCGGUUAUUAUUGUAAGUCUGUAGCCGAGUCCGCUUCGCUUCAUCCGGUGGGCGGCCCGCCUCACCCCCGUCGUCGUCUUCCUCCUCCUCGCCCUCGUCGCGGAGCGGAGGCGCGCGUUCUUGGACGCCACGGGACACGGGCAGAGGAAGCUCAUCUGGGUGUUGGGGUCAUCCAGAGGUGCAGGCUGAACAAUGGGGCAAAAGGACUCCAAGCCUUCAUAUAGCUACUCUUAUGAUCACGGCAAUACUUCGUCAGGGUAUACUUCCAGGUAUGCUGGAAAUCCAUCAUUCAGUUAUAACGCGAGGUACACGCCUUCUUCGGAGAACAAUGUGCAGCCAGAAACACAUGCCAGGUUGCAGAGGAAGUAUUCCAGGAUCGGCGAUGACUACCGCUCUUUGAGUCAGGUGACUGAAGCUUUGGCACAAGCAGGCCUUGAAUCUUCAAAUCUUAUUGUAGGCAUUGAUUUUACAAAGAGCAAUGAAUGGACAGGUAAAAUGUCCUUCAAUCGCCGCUGCCUGCAUGAUAUUGGAAGCACUCCAAACCCAUAUGAACAAGCCAUAUCUAUUAUUGGAAGGACACUUUCAGCUUUUGAUGAAGAUAAUUUGAUUCCCUGCUUUGGAUUUGGUGAUGCAUCAACUCAUGAUCAGGAGGUAUUCAGCUUUUACCCAGAGAACCGUCCAUGCAACGGUUUUGAAGAGGCGCUAGAAAGAUACAGAGAAAUUGUUCCAACUCUUCGAUUAGCUGGGCCCACAUCUUUCGCUCCGAUAAUUGAGACAGCAGUUGGAAUUGUUGACAGCACUGGUGGUCAAUACCAUGUUCUUCUGAUAAUUGCUGAUGGACAGGUAACCCGAAGUGUUGAUACACAAUAUGGACAAUUAAGUCCGCAGGAGCGAGAUACAAUUGACGCAAUAGUAAAAGCAAGCCAGUUCCCUCUAUCAAUUGUUCUUGUUGGGGUUGGUGAUGGACCAUGGGACAUGAUGCACCAGUUUGAUGACAAUAUACCUGCUCGCUCAUUUGACAAUUUCCAGUUUGUGAAUUUCACGGAGAUUAUGUCAAAGAGCAUAGCUGCUGAUAGAAAGGAAGCAGAAUUUGCAUUGUCAGCACUGAUGGAAAUUCCUGAACAGUACAAAGCAACACUUGAUCUUCAACUCUUAGGACGCCGGCACAGAAUAACUCCAAGAGUUGCUCUGCCGCCACCAACAAGGAAUGCUUAUUCGCGGUCAACUAGCUUUAGUCAGCAAUCUAGUGUUUAUUCACGAUCUAGUAGCUUUGACCAACAAACAAGUGGCUUUCAGCAACGUCCCGAGAGCUUCAAACAGCAGCAGCCUGCCGCCACAAGGAGACCUGACACUUAUGCAGCAGAAAGUGCUUUAGAGGACAGACUGCUGUGCCCCAUUUGCAUGUAUAAAUCAAAGGACCUCGCAUUUGGUUGUGGACAUCAGACUUGCUAUGAAUGCGGGAAAAAUUUGGAGCGCUGCCCUCUAUGCCAGGACAACAUAACCACAAGGAUCAGGCUGUACUGAUCGCUUAUGGAGUGGCACAUGUUGGAAGAGACUCCUGUGCAAAUUGUUCAGAACCAGCUUUAAUGCUAGCGCUUCAUCAGAUUGUAAUUGGUGUGUUGUCUUACUGCAUAAUAAGAAGGCUUAAUGUAGAUAGUGGUGAUGUCACUGUCCCUGUAGUGCACAAUAUGUAGGUUAGCUACAGUGUUUACUGUAGAAAAGAUCGCGCCGCCAAAUAAUGUACAUGUUUUCACCCUUUCUUUCCCUUCACAUCUCUUAGUAAAUAAGUUGGAACACCUGAAAAUUUCUGGAUUAGAUAUGAAUGUUGUGAAGCAAAUAUAUUGUCA